AUGUUUGAUGGUCGUGAAUACAUUAAUUGUCAACUCUAAACACAUGCACAUAAAAGUCGGAGCGUACACACACUUUGGCACACACACACACACACACACACACACACACACACACACACACACACACACACACACACACACACACAGCGCACAGCUUCUGGCUAAGUGGCCGGGGCGGGACGCUGCGUGGGACGAGGCGGGGACAGCAGGCAGACGGGCGGGGGAAGCAGCGUGCUGGUCGGGUUGGUGGACAGCUGAUUGUCCGUGUUAUUAACUGUGUUUGGGGGCGUGUCCGUUCGCCUCAUAGACCACGCCUCCCUCACCUACUAGUUCCCUCUCCUGUUUGGCAUCCCAGAGAUGGUCCAAAGUGAUUCCUCAGGGAAGAAUCGAGCGCAAAUCACCCGAGCAGGAGCGAACGAGUAGCGGAGACACCGCUGCCCAGGACUGCCUUUUAAUUGCGCGUAAUCUUCCGUUUCAUCAUUCUGAGCAGAGGAGAAGACUUUUUGGAGAAAUAGGUGUUUCAUCUGCCGUGGUUUUUCUUUCUCACAGUGGACUGUUUGUUGCCAAAAAGUGACAUUUUGCGUGUUUUUUCUCAGCUGCACCUUGAUCCGGGGGACUGUCGCCAACUCCGAGCAGCCUCUCAUCUCGCUCUUCCCCUUUCAUCGCUCUCACGUUGUUCAUCUUCACAGCUGCAGCUUCCCCCUCUCCUUUUCUUCUUCUUCUGGAGUCGCUGACAUGAGGUGCAGCUAACCCUGGAUGCUGACAGCUCCCCUCUUUCCUUCCACAUGUCGCAUCUUUUGUUUACUUUGAGAAAACACACCGCGCAACUAAACGCCAAGUGAAACAGACCACGCCACUUUGCUCCUCUGACAACGCGAUCAAACAGACGCAAGAGGAGGGGAGGCAGGGAGAGAAAAAAAGGAGGGAGCCAAGAAGAGGAGGAUAGAGAGUGUGUGGAGAGAGAGAGAGAAAGAGAGAGAGAGAGAGAGAGUAUACGAGAGAGAUAGCGACAGCGUGAAGGUGCGUUUUGAUGUUUGGCAUCCACGAGAGCAUCCAGAGGAGUGGGAGUAGUAUGAAAGAGGAGCCCAUGGUGGCCGGGAUGAACGCAGUUCGGACAUGGAUGCAGGGCGCCGGAGUGCUGGACGCCAACACAGCCGCCCAGAGCGGAGUUGGUCUUGCUCGGGCACACUUCGAGAAGCAGCCGCCCUCCAACCUCCGCAAGUCCAACUUCUUCCACUUCGUGCUGGCGUUGUACGACAGGCAGGGUCAGCCGGUGGAAAUAGAGAGAACCACCUACGUGGACUUUGUGGAGAAGGAAAAGGAAACGACGGGGGAAAAGACCAACAAUGGGAUCCAUUAUAGACUCCAGCUCCUCUACAGUAACGGCAUCAGAACAGAGCAGGACCUGUAUGUUCGUCUUAUCGACUCCAUGACUAAACAGGCGAUCAUCUAUGAGGGUCAAGAUAAAAACCCAGAAAUGUGUCGGGUGCUGUUGACCCACGAGAUCAUGUGCAGUCGAUGCUGUGAUAAGAAGAGUUGUGGUAACAGGAACGAGACCCCAUCCGACCCUGUCAUCAUCGACAGGUUCUUCCUCAAGUUCUUCCUAAAAUGUAACCAGAACUGCCUGAAGAAUGCAGGGAACCCUCGAGACAUGAGGCGUUUUCAGGUGGUUGUGUCGACUACAGUGAGCGUGGAGGGUCACGUCCUGGCUGUUUCUGACAACAUGUUUGUGCACAACAACUCCAAACACGGCCGUCGAGCUCGGAGGCUGGACCCCUCAGAAGGAACGCCGUCCUACCUGGAACACGCGACCCCCAGCAUCAAAGCCAUCAGCCCGAGCGAAGGUUGGACCACAGGGGGAGCCACCGUCAUCAUUAUCGGGGACAACUUCUUUGACGGCCUGCAGGUCAUCUUCGGGACCAUGCUGGUCUGGAGCGAGCUGAUCACCCCCCAUGCCAUCCGUGUGCAAACUCCACCCAGACACAUCCCUGGAGUGGUGGAGGUCACGCUGUCUUACAAAUCCAAACAGUUCUGCAAAGGCACACCUGGACGCUUCAUCUAUACAGCGCUGAACGAGCCAACCAUAGACUACGGCUUCCAGAGGUUACAGAAGGUCAUCCCCAGACACCCCGGAGACCAGGAGAGAUUACCCAAGGAGGUGAUCUUAAAGAGAGCAGCCGACCUGGUGGAGGCUUUGUACGGGAUGCCUCAUAAUAACCAGGAGAUGAUUCUGAAGCGAGCCGCAGACAUCGCAGAGGCCCUCUACACGACGGUGCCACGAGGGCACAACCAGCUCACCGGUCUUGGCAGUGGCUCCGUCCAUGCCGGUAUGAUGUCUGUGAACUCCUUCACCGGGUCAGAGGUGGCACAAACGGCCAAUCAGGGUUUCAGUAGGAGUACAAGCAGUGUGUCCCCUCAUGGUUAUGUCCCCAGCUCCACCCCCCAGCAGAGUAGCUACAGCUCUGUCUCCACUAGCAUGAACGGCUACGCUAACUCUGGCAUGGCAACCCUGGGCACCUCGCCCAACUUCCUCAAUGGAUCUGCAGGCAACUCGCCCUAUGCUAUCGUCCCGUCGAGCCCCACCAUGGCCUCAUCCACCAGCCUGCCAUCUAACUGCAGCAGCUCCUCCGGCAUCUUCUCCUUCUCUCCGGCGAACAUGGUGUCCGCUGCCGUCAAGCAGAAGAGCGCCUUCGCCCCCGUGGUGCGACCUCAGAACUCACCCCCUCCCACGUGCACCAGCGGUAAUGUUAACGGCCUGCAAGAUCAGUCUUUUGUGGACUCUAGCAAGUACUCAUCAGCCACCUCUCUGCAAGGCCUGGCCUUCUCCUGAACGAUUCCUGGGAUGAUCGUUCCACCCAUGUAGAGGAUCUGGGAUAGCUGGAGAUUUGGGAAUGUUGAGAGGAGGAAAAAGACACAACAAGCAGAGUCUGGCGAGUCUCUGUUAUGCUCCGGAGCUGAACUGAAGGAAGUGAAGAUAAGACGCAGGACUCUGUAAAACUCAGGCCUUUCCAUUGGGAUUUCAUCUGAAGGGAGAAAGAAGGAAUGACACAAACCUCUGUGAUGUUAUCCCCCUCUUGGUUGAAUUAGUGUAGCUUCUCUGACACGGCGUUGGAUGGAGUGUAUAGAGACUGAUAGUUUACCCACAGUGUGACACUGACCUCAUGAAAGGAGCAUUUAUUUAUCUUUAUGUUAAUGCCUGUAAGGUUUGAGUACUAGAGAGCCCCCCCACACCGCCUCACAACCCCUACAAAUCGCACAAACAACACUCAAGUGUUGGUUUGGCCAUGACGUUUACAUAAUCUCUGUCACAAUAGAAGAUGCUUUCCUUUUAGCUCGGCCUCCUCGCUGAAAACCACAAAACAACACACCGGCCAAAUGGAACUAAGGUCAACAAAGAAGAACAAAAAAAAAAAGGGAAAUACACAAAAGAACAAAAUCAACCCUCAGUUUUGCUGCUAAUUAUCCCAUAAAUCUAAAAGUUGUGUAACAGAAUCUCCCUUACAUCAGCAUACAUGCCUCUCUUUCUUUUAUAUUCCUUUUUCUUGGUUUGUUAGUUUGAAUUUUAAUGAAACUGUGAGGACUGAGCUGUUUGCAAUAUGCUUUUUCUGCUUGUCAUGUGAAGAAAAAUGGCGAUCGAUUUAGCCAAAAACUUUGAAGGUGAUUUUUAGAAGACUUGAAAAGCCAGAGGAUGUGUGUGUCCAGCCAGCACUGUACUGAAGGAGGAGUCUAGCAAAUAUGGAAUUAGAAUAAAUGCGUGAUAUAUGUGAUAUAUUUUUGUAUAUAAACAAAGUGACUUUUUUUUUUCAUUUGACAUUUCUUUUUCUUUUCUUUUUUCGCGAUAGCUCUAGUUUGAAAUGUAAACAUUAAAUGUCUUAAGGCAGCUUCUCAGUACAGAAGAUAGAUUUACUGUGUGUGUCAAUAUCUCAUCUGCUAAACAUGAGAAACAUGGAUUUGGAUACAAAAAGGGGAUUCCUGUAAAAUAUCCUAUAAAUAAUGUAUUUAUCCCUUAUAUUUGUACAUUGCCUCUCACCCUCGUUUAGUUGUGUCGUGUAAGUUUAAUACAGUAAGUGAACAUAUUUCACAGUGUUUGGUUUCAUUAUUUACUGUCGUCUCACACUAUUUAAAUGUGACUUUUUUAUCUCUUUUGAUUUGUUUUGUAUGUCGAUAUGUUUUGCGUUGCUAUUCAUGCUUUCUUUUGUUGAUUUUCAAAACAUGCCAUUGUCUAUUUUUGUAUUAUUUGUAAGUUAAUAAAAAAAAGUUCCGUUUUUUUUUCCUUAUGAAAAUGUUUAUUGUAUGGCAAAAAGUAGCAUCUUAUUCAGAGUAUUUGGUUGAAGUAGAUUUUUUAAGAAUAUAUACACACAUUAAUAUAUACUGUAAAUCUAUAUCUUUUUGUUUGAACUCUUUGAGGCUUUCAGAUUGAAACUGUUCUUGAGCUGAUAAUAUGCAUGGGUUCUUCUCUUGAGUGACACUUUCUUUUUUUUGUGUGUGUGCAAACCAAGAGAUCUAAGAGAUUGCUCUGUGUUUUUCUUUUCUUUGAGUUCCUCUUCUUCCCCUCUGUUCUUUCUUUUCCUGUGUUAUUUAUGCCUGCUUACAGACUGUAUCUAUAUACUCUUUUUUUUCUGUCACUGUAAUCUUUACCAGCAGUCUAGAUGCCUUAACAAUGCAAACCCAUUCUUCAUUCAAUCACGUGUACAGUUUUCUACCCUGACCACAAUUGUCUAUUGCCACAGAGGAAUUCAUGGGAACUUGGGGACAAAGCACAAACCCACUCUGUUUGGUGGUGAAGCCAGACUAGAAUACAAAGAGCCAUAAUUCAACAAUCACACACACCCCGAUGUACUAUAAUACUACAGCAAUGGCACGCUUUGAAAGACGCUCAGAGGCCUGUCCCAGCUGUGCAUAUUGCACUUUUGUCUUUUUUUGUAGCGAUUAUGUAGCUUUUCUCUGAUUAAUGAAAUAAUUCAAACCGCAUGUUGGUAACAUUUCUCAUUAACCACAGGAUCACAGCAGUGUGGCAACACAGCGCUGAGUUAAUUGUAGUACAAAGGGGCACACAGCGGAGAUAAGCACUGUCACAGCACAAUUUUAAUCUCAAACAUGAACUCGUAUAGGUCGGACUCCGGUCUCUGACAGUCGAUCCCCCUCUCUCCCCUGUAUCAGCCUUCAGACAAAACGGCUUCAUUACGAGCUAAACAGAACAAGAAGAAGUGAGGGAGCAUGAAAGUGAGCUCCUCGGCCCCUCAGCCAUUUCUGUAGUCUUUUCUUUGUGUCUGCCGUGUGUCUUCAAGCUGUUGCUGGACAGAGAAUAGGGCUUUUCUCUUUUGCUUUUCUUUCCUAGAGACUGGUUUUGUAAAGUGGCUAGAAGGGAGCGUUUUAACAGAGGCGCCUGCUGACGGACGAGUGUUUUUCAGGCACUUAUGUGCCCGCACUGGUCAGGCUAGUGCGGGGGGGGGGCCACACCAUAUCUGUUUCAAAUGAACUACAGAGGUCUGUUGUCAUACAAUGGCUUCUUUGUAAGCGAAGUUCCAUCCUGAUUAUGAAUAUUGGUAAUGGGUGACAAAGUUUUGUAUUUAGGUAACAAACAAAAAAAAGAUGCAAACCAAAUAGCUGGUGUCUAUUUUUUCCUCUGUUUUGUCUUAGACUGCAAAUACACUGAACAGCUCUAUGAUAUAAGGGAAGAAAAAAAAAUCCUACUGUAUAGAUUGUUAUUGUUUUUGAUGAAAAUUGAGCUGUAAGAUAACUUUUGGACUCUCACAAUGUUGAAUUAAAGUUACCUCUUGUCUGUGA